AUGCAUCAUCAAAUUAUUCACAACUCAAAGGAUAAUUCUAAAGGUAACAUUUGGCUUUUCUGGAAUUGUUCUUUAAGUACUCCUUCUAUUAUCAAAGUUACUAGUCAGAGUAUUACAGUAGAAAUUGGUGAAGUUCUGGUUACUGGUGUUCAUGCAAGUUGCUCUUCAAUUAACAGAAGAGAAUUAUGGCAAGAUAUGUGUGAUAUUAGUUUCAUGAAUAAACCUUGGUUAAUUCUAGGGGAUUUUAAUACUUUACUGUAUGUUGAUGAAAAAAGAGGUUGUAGACAACCCAAUAUAUCUGCAAUGAAUGAAUUUCAAGAUUGUGUGGAUUUCUGUGAUCUAGUUCAAGCUCCUAAAAGUGGUCUGGGAUUCUCUUGGUGCAAUGGUAGAGUUGGGAACAAAAGAAUCAUUUGUAAUCUUGAUAGAGCUCUUUUUAACUUAAAAUGGUUAGAGAAAUUUAAUAGCUGGAGUUACAAGGUUGGAACAAGAGGAAUCUCUGACCAUGGCCCUAUUAUUGGUUCAGAUGCUAUCAUCCCUAAAGCUUUAAACUCUCCUUUUAGAUUUCAGAAAAUGUGGCUGAAUUUUCCUGAUUUUAUUCAAGUUAUCCAAGAUUCCUGGAAUGAAGAAAUUUAUGGUAAUCCCAUUUAUAUUUUCAUGAAUAAUUUGAAAAGACUAAAGAAGUUCUUAAAAGUGUGGAAUUGGGGGGUCUUUGGGGAUGUUAAAGAAACUCUCAGGAAAGCUGAAGAAAAGGUGUUAGAAGAAACUUUGAAAUCAGAUAAUGAUCCUUCUAAUAUUAGCCUUUUGAACAAUUUGGUUACUGCUAGAGGGAAAUGUGAUCUUGCUGCUCAAAAUUAUAACACUUUCCUAAGAGAGAAAGCUAUAAUCAACUGGAUUCAAGAUGGUGAUAUUAAUUCUAAAUUCUUCCAUACUAAUAUAAAGCUAAGACAAGCUCAAAAUUCCAUCUCUGAAAUUGAAGACUCAUCAGGUAACAUUAUCACUGAUCAUAAUGGUAUUUCAAAUGUUCUCAUUGAUUACUUUAGCACUAAAUUUGCUCAUCAAGAUAUCACUGUAAGUGAUUCCUUCUUUGAAGUUGUUCCAAAAGUUAUUAAUGAUAAAGAUAACACCUUCUUAGAAAAUUUACCCACUGAAGAUGACAUAAAGAAUACUACUUUUGAUUUAAACCCAGAUGGUGCUCCUGGUCCAGUUAGAUUCACUGGCUCUUUUUACAAAUUUGCUUGGGAGGUAAUUAAAAAUGAUCCCAUUGAUGCAAUCCAGUAUUGUUGGCAACACAGUAUCAUACCUAGCGGUUUGAAUUCUAAUUUCCUGACUUUGAUUCCUAAAGUGCAAGGUGCUAAGAAUGCAAAGCAAUUUAGACCUAUUGGUCUUAGCAACUUCUGCUUUAAAAUAAUCACCAAAAUUAUUACCAUGAGGAUUAGUAAAUUCCUUCCAAAGAUUGUCUCCCCUCAACAAUGUGCAUUUAUUAGAAAUAGAAACAUAUAUGAACAGGUGCUUCUUGCUUCUGAGCUUGUCAAUGAAUUGUCUGUUAAAAGAAGAGGUGGUAAUUUGGGGCUAAAAUUGGACAUUUCUCAAGCUUAUGACACUAUGAGUUGGGAUUUUCUUUAUAAAGCUUUAUCCAGUUUUGGAUUCUCUGGCAAAUUCUGUGAUUGGAUUAUGGUGCUGCUCUAG